CCAGAGGCAGGCACUGGCAGAACAAAAGUUUAAGGGUCCUGUGAGUGGCUUUCUCGGUGGCGGGACUCUGCCUGCCCCAUCAACGUUCUUCCAGAAUCACGCUCCAUGCGCGCAUCAUCAAUGCAACGCCGUCAUUGAUCGCAUCGCAACCCGUCGCGCUGGGCUGCUGUCUCUUUCCCAACAAGCCCGGCUUAGUUAUCAACACCACGGCUGCUGCCCGUCGGCACGUGGCGGUCUCGGCUAGGCUGACUGCGAACGAGGCCCGGCCAGCUCUUGGGCUCUGACGUAGGCCACUCGAGAGCCAGUGCAUCUCGUACAUGUAAGCACGCCCUGCUCUGAUUUCUCCGCCUCGGUCUGGCCCCAGCGCGCGCGUAACCAGCGAGGCCGCUUCUUUUGCUCCAGCCUCAAAACCCAACCACACCCCCUCGCUCGGCGCCAACCUUGGCCAAACCGUACCAUCUCCUGGGCCCGACGCCCGACCCGUUGUUACCGCCUCGGGGGCCUCUGGGUGCCCGGCAAAGUCACGAUUCACCAGACUCACUGGCGCAGAGCUUACUCUGACUUUCCGCAGCGUGCCAACGGGGUCUUCCCAUGGGGAAUCAAAAGCUAAAAGCCAGCCCAGCUCACCACAUCAGAUCCAACGGAGAAACAUUGACGAAGGUGUAGAAAUACGCGCCCCCGGCCACUCGUUUCCUCGACCAGGGCCCAUCCAAUCCUUCACCGCUAUUCAUUUCUCGUCCUAGCAUCGAGGCAUAGCAAUCCGAUCUCCUGCUUUACAGAUUGGUUUCCAUCGCAAGCAAGCCGAUACAGCCGACUCUUAUCCGCCAUCGACCUUGUUUCAAACAUCUGCUCGGCGCUAAGUCAAAGCCGCCAGGGUGUUCUAGCUUGGGAAAGAAACACGCUUGGCAUCACCGGCGUCGCCACUCGUGCACACCGGCGCUCCUCACGGCUCGCGCGCCCUAGCUGUGCAAGAUAGCACUAGGAGCCCCGCAAGAACAAAGCACCAACAUCAACAACCAAAGUCGCUGCUGCGGCAACACAUAACAGCCAUGACCUUCCGCCAGUUCCACAUGCCGGGUGGUUAUCAGUUCGACAGCCCCCAGCAGUCGGGUCCUGCUCUGAGCGCUGGCAUAUUUCGCACCCCAGCAUCACCCUCUGCAUCGAGCAGCUCCGUCUUCAACCUCGCAAAGUCGAGCGGCAGCCUCUGCUCGGAUGCUCCCAACGCCCACAACGGUGCCGGAGCCAAGCGCAAGCGAAAUAUCAAUCUCGCGGCCAGACAGGCUCGCGCCCCGACUCCGCUGCAGGAGUGGGGAAGCCUGAGCAUCGAUACCUCCUCUGAUCGUGCUGGUCCUACUGGCUUCUUCGACUACGCCAGCCCAAAGGUCGGAACCAGCGAUGCCGAGGCCAAGGGCCACAUCUAUACCCUCGCGGGUCAGAUAGAGACGCCUGGAGCAGACAACAACGGAGGCGACCACAACUGCCUUGAGGACAGUGUCUACUCCGACGUCGACUAUCGCAGGGGCAUGGGCUCAAAGAGAACUCGUGGUGACCUCGAAGACCCUCUAUCACACAACUCGAACGCUCACUCAUCACUCUCGCGAUCCCACAACAUGGGUGCGACCGAUUUCACCUUCUCACUACCCCCUAACGGAGGCUCCGGAUGGGGUGCCUUCGCCUUCGGCGCUCUCGGGGGCGUCGUUGGUAGGGUAUGGCAAUUCUGCAAAGCCGGCGCUUUCCGCGGCUUCUCUGCUGGUGGAGGUUCCCGCUACUCUGUCGAUGACCAUCAUGGACACGGCUUUGUCAGGCAGAGCCCUGUCUCAUCCCCAACCUAUGAUAAGGAAGAGGCCGAGGACUUGGACUCGCUGCGUCAAGAUGCCGGGACGCCCGACUCGCUCCCGCGACACGCAGUUAAGAGGAGACAGACGGAGAAGGGACCCGAUGAUCUCAACAACUGGAUCGUCGUCUCGGACCGCAGCCCUACCCCUACCAACCUGGCGUCUCGCCGGCAGACGAUGUACGAGGAGAAGCGACAACUAUCAAAGCCAGCCAGCCGGGCCACGAGCCGCGCAAGCAGCCGACUCUCGCACGGCCACAGGUCUAGCGUCACAGCCUCGCGUCGCAGCAUGCAUGGCAGCGUCUGCUCGUCUGCUACCACCCUGAGCAUGAACGGAAGGCCCUCGUCGCGCAUCUCUCAGGCCGGACGUGAGCCUGCCAGCUUUGCCACACCGCGCUCGCCCAUGUCGACCACGUCGUUCAUCCCCGUUCUGAACGCAUCUCCUAGCCGCAUCCCGGUUCCUACGUCUCGUCUUGGAGCCAACCCCUUUGCCGCUCCUCCUGCCGUGGAUAGCACCAUCACUGAGCAGUCGCCAACCACCCCUGCCACCCCAUCUCGCACCAGCAACGGCUUCGCCACUGUCGGUGCCAGCGCCACGAACUUCCCAGCCAGCGGCUCGGUCCACGGCAACGGCUACCGUCGCGGACGACCCAGCUCCACAUCGCCGCGCCGCAAGACAUCGGUCACGACGGUGCCGCACAUCUCUACCGUCUUCGGUGCGGGUGCCGUGGACGACAGCACAGUGGCGGCGGCCGACAGCCCGCGUCUGGAUCCCGAGGCACGCAAGAUUGCGGCCAAGCGGGCGGCUGAGGAGCGCGAGGCGGACGCACGCAUGGAGGCGCUCAACGCGCAGCUGCGGCAGAUGAUCCGCCAGGGCCGUGAGGCUCUGGGCACCCGGGUCACUGUGGAGGACGAUGAGAUGGAGACUACCGCGCCCAGCGCGUGGAUUGAUGCCGAGGAUUAGAGUGCCUUGAUUGUUUUCUCUACCCUGCUCCUCCAUGCCCAAAAGCAUAUGACUCUGACGACUAGCACUCUUCCACAACAAUUAUCUUCCCUAAUCUCGCACAUUUUUCUCUCGCUCCCCUACCUCUCUUCCUUUUCCCAAUCACCCAGUAGCCUAUGUCGGCUACAUGCAAGCACUCCCGUCCAGGAUGGAAACGAUCAAACAAACCCUGUGAUACCCACAUUGUACAUAUAAUUUCCUGUAACGAUCAAGUCAGCAUGAGAAGAUGAUACCUGCCAGCUCGGCACAUGGCACAUAGUUAAAACCUUUGUAUACGCUAUUCAUGAAUUAAAUUCCCGCAUGGCUCCUUACAACUUGCGCGCAAGAAGUCCCUGUUUGCCGA